GACCACAGAAUAGAAGGGAGCAAUUAGGGCUUUUCAUACCAUUUAACACAGCGGCCCCAAAUCAAAGGUCAGUGGUCUUCAUCCUCUCAUAAUUCACAAAUCGAUUAUCUUCUUUACAAUUAAGGAAUGGAAGAUCUCGGCAACAGUUUGAAGCCAUUACGGCUCUUUGUGAAGCUUUUGAACGGUAAAACAGCAACCUUAAAUUUCUGUACUCCACGCGUGUAUGGCCGCGAGAUUAAGAAUCGCAUCUACGAAGCCACUAAAAUACCCACCCACCUUCAGCGACUCAUCUACUCUGGUCUUCAAUUGAAAGACGGAUCCGUAAUAUCCGAUGACAACGCCACCUUCCACCUCGUGCUUCCUCUUUUGGGAGGAAAAGGUGGGUUCGGAUCUUUACUCCGUGGCGCUGCUACAAAGGCUGGUCAAAAGAAGACAAACAACUUUGACGCAUGUCGCGAUAUGAGUGGACGGAGGUUGAGGCAUGUGAAUGCGGAGAAGAAGUUGGAGGAGUGGAAGGCGGAGGAACAGGAAAGGAGGCUGGAGAGAAUUGCGGAGGAAUUUAUUAAGAAGGCGGCGAAGAAAGGGAAAAAAGGAGUCGGUGAUGGAGUGGCCGAGAAGUACGUGGCUAGGUAUAGAGAGGAGUCGGCCGAGUGUGUGGCUAAGGUUGAGGAAUCGGUGAGAGAAGUGUGUGGCAAUGGUAAACGAAAGGCUGUUGGACCAGCAGCAGCGGAGGCCAAAAGGUUGAAGAUUUGGAUGGGGAAGAGAAUAUUGGGUGAAAGUGAAGAUGAAGAUAGUGGAGAUGAUGAGGAAGAAAAUGAGAAGUCUAUUGUUUUGAAUAAUGGGAAUCAAACAGAUUCAAAUCAGGAAACUGAGGGGAGCACAGGUUCAGUUACCGGUGGGAAACCAGAAGGAGAACUCUCUGGUGGCGGUUCAUCUGAGAAUGAUUCUGAAGAAGUUAAGCAGAAUCUUGUUCAGCAGAACUUUGAAUCCAGUGGAUGCACUGGUGAAGAUAUGCACCCUCAGGAGAAUGGUGUGGUUGAAUAUGAGAUUUAUGAAGAAAAGGUGCAGAUUACUGGAGCCUCUAGUGUGGAGAGGAAUUUGGUUUCUGCAACUGAAGCUGAGCACAAGUCCAGUGGUGGACCUGCAUCUGUAAAUGCAGAGGAAGUUGUUGGUCAAUCCCCAAAUGUUUUGAGUUCAGGAAAUGAGGAAGGUCACAACAGACACAUGAAUGCUGAAGCUAAUGGUGCCUUUGAAUGUAAAUCCAGAGUUCCCGAAGAAGCAGUUGUUACCUGUUCAAAUGUUGGAGAAUUGGAGAAGCCCUUAGAUUUUAAUAGAUUCAGUUCAGCAGUGGAAAUGGAGGCCCUUGGCAUGGAAAGAUUAAAGUCUGAACUCCAAGCACGUGGGCUAAAAUGUGGGGGCACCUUGCAGGAGCGUGCUGCCAGGCUUUUCCUACUGAAAUCAACUCCGGUGGAGAAGCUUCCGAAGAAGCUGCUUGCAAAAAAGUGACAGUUUUGUAUGACUUUGUACUGUUGUCAAUGAAUUAUUGGUUGUAAACAACUGAGGCCAACUUGUAUCAUAAGCUGACUUGUAAUAAAUAAAAUAAAAAACUUAUGUUAUAAUGAAAAGAAAAGCAUGUUACAACCUCAAA